AUGGCAGAUCUCGAGGAACAUACCCCGAUUGCGGGCACACCUAUCGAAGACAUGGGGAUGGCGGGCGCGGAUGACGCUGGAGCUGGCGCAGGCGAGGAGACAACACUCCUGCCUGAGAUUGAGCCUGAAACGCCCAAGUUGGUCCUCUUUGCUGAUCUCGUGAAGAGUCCUAUUGUCGAGGUCGUCGUUGGAUCUGGAGACGACCGAACCACAUACUCAGCACAUGAAGCAGUCCUUGUGAAGUCACCAGAGUUCGCCAAACAGGUUGACAAGUUUGCGCCAGGAGGGCCUCGCCAGAUCGUAUACACAGAUUGCGAUAUCGACGCUAUGGGCUCAGUAGUCGAAUACCUGUACACAGGCGAAUACUUCCCUAAGAGGACGUCAGGCGCACGCGACGCGCCACUCGAGAAGGACCCGCGUCAGCCCUCGACCGAUAACGAGGGCUUGGGUCUCCUCGUCCACGCACGCAUCUACACGCUAGCCGACCGUCUCCAACUCCCGGAGUUGAAAUCCCUCGCACACUCCAAGAUCCAUCGCACAGCCUCAACGGCAAAGGGCGAGCUCGCAUACGCACGCUACGUAUACAAGGAGUCCAACCCCGAGGACGCAACAAUCCGCAAGCCGGUAGCUGCUUUCUGGGCUACACGCAGCUACAGCCUGCGCCACGACGCGGAGCCAGAGUUCAGAGCCAUGUGUCUCGAAUUCCCCCAAUUUUCGUAUGAUGUUCUACAACUUGUCCUGGACCAGCAGGAGAAGAAGCGUGGUGGUGAUGAUGGGCCGAGUCGAAUCGUCACGCUAACUACGCUGAUCCUCACAUCCAAAAUACAUCCUACAUACUACAUACUACAUCCCACAUCAAUCCUUCCAACUCUUCUUCGAUAUACUUUCCACCUGCAACUGUGUCACUCGGCCCCUCCAUACAAGACCGUGCAUCCGAGGCGACUCGUACUUGCACCGGUCAUUCAAAACCAACAGACCAUGGAUCCUCCUUCAGCACCCAACCCGGCGGGCGAUGCAGGUGUACUACCACAUUUCAACAGCCUCAGCCUCCAGGACGCACCAUCACCACCAGCCAACGACAACGAUCUCGAUGUUCUAACCAUGUCACGGGAAACCGCCAUGAAGUUGAUCGCACGCUCCAUAGUUGCCAUAGCCAACGCAGCUGGCGACGUACCAGCAACACCGCCACUUUCGCGGCCUGGAACGCCUGGCGGAAGGGAAAACCAUCUCAUACGAUCGCACCGACGGACAGCAUCCCGGCCAGCGACGCCUAUACCCGCCGAGAAGGAGAAUCAUCAACCUACCGAACUAGCUCCACCAGAAGCGGGUCACGAUGAGCCCGUCACUAUACACGACAUUGGCGCCGGAGCGCAGCCCGAGUCCGUGCAACGAGCCAACAUGGCUCGAAAGUUUUUUUCCAAGACGGUGCCUAAAGUCGGUGUCGAGGAGUACAUGAACCGAAUCCAGAGGUUUUGUCCACUAUCUACUGCUGUUUGGCUGGCUGCUGGGUCGUACAUGCUGCGAUUAUGCGUCAUCGAUAGGAGUGUUCCUCUCACAUACCGCACUAUGCACCGGCUCAUCCUAGCGUGUGCUCUCGUUGCGAUGAAGGCACUAGAAGACCACCGGUGGCCUCAAAAACGCUUUGCUGCAGUGGGAGGCGUUGAUGAGGCAUCACUUAGCCGACUGGAGCUAUGCGUAGAGUUUUUGCUAUCAUUCGACGUACAGAUCUUCACACCAGAAAAGCUAAAAGAGUUGACACUCCAACUGCAAAGGGCGGGGCAAGCAGCGACCAUGACAUGCAGAUUACCGACUUCUUUCAACUUGAAGCUGGGCAGCCCAAAAAUUCGGAACGCGCAAGCUGUUUGA